AUGCGCAUCGCCCAGCUCCUAGCCCUCAGCGGCCUCCUGCUCGCAACCACCGUCACCGCCGGCGGGGAGCUCGACCGCAACGAUGUCCCCAACGGCUGCUGGGAGCCGUGCGGCCCCGUCGUCAACAUCUCGCACGCCUGCGACGCGAAGACCGACAACGACCGCGCCGAACUCCAGUGCAUCUGCCAGUGGGACCGCGCAGCCACGCUCAUCCCGCUGUGCGAGGCCUGUAUCGGGUAUUACCGGACUCAGCAGCAUCACGAUGAUGACCACGAUGAUGACCACGAUGAUGAUGAUGAUGACGAUGAUAACGACCUUCAUGAUAACGACGCAUACGAUAUUCUAACUUCAUGCUCCCUGUCAACCACCACCUGGAACCCGGCGGCUGCGACCUCGGUGCUGAGCGCGGUGAAUGCGUCGGCGACGGGCAAUGCGACUGCUAGUGCUACUGGGUCGGGGGUCACGGGUACGACUAGUACUGCUACUGCUGGUGCGACUGGGGGAGGACGGGAUAGUGCUACUGGCUCCGGUGGUAGUGGUGGUGCAACGGGUCGGGCUGAUUCGGUUACGGCGACGGGCGCGGUCUCUGCUGAGGGGGCCCGAGUUACUGAUAAUGCGGCGCCGGGGGUGGUGGCGGCGGGUCGUGGGGCUGCUUCGGUUGCGGCUGUUGUUGGGGUGGGGGUUCUUGUUUGGUUGUGA